ACAUGAACUGGCCCAUCAAUGGUUUGGAAACUUGGUUACGAUGGAGUGGUGGACUGAUUUGUGGCUCAAUGAAGGUUUUGCGUCUUGGAUUGAGUACCUGUGUGUUGAUUAUUGUCAUCCUGAGUUUGAUAUUUGGACCCAGUUCCUGGCGCAGGAUUACGCUCAAGCAUUGAGUCUUGAUGCACUCUCCAACAGUCACCCCAUUGAGGUUAUAGUUGGUCCACCAUCAGAAGUUGAGGAGAUAUUUGACACCAUUUCCUACAGCAAAGGAGCCUCUGUCAUUAGAAUGCUGCACAAUUGGAUUGGAGAUGAUGAUUUUCGUAAAGGAAUGAAUGCCUAUUUGACUAAAUAUGAGUACAAGAACACUAAGACAGUUGAUCUCUGGACUUGUUUGGCAGCUGCUAGUGGUAAGCCGGUUAUGGAGGUUAUGAAGACUUGGACACAGCAGAUGGGAUACCCAGUACUGACAGUUGACGCCAAACAGGAGGGCAAUAAUCGUGUCCUUAGCAUUUCGCAGAAGAAGUUUUGUGCUGAUGGAAAUAUCAAAGGAUUUGAAGACAUGUUAUGGCAGGUUCCAGUUACCAUAGCAACACCUCAAAAUCCAACAGCGUACAAGUUUGUAUUAGAUAAGACAUCAGCUACCGUCACUAUUGAGGGACUCAAGCCGACUGACUGGAUCAAGGUAACAGAUCAUUUUACUUUCUUAAAAUGGGCAUAA